AUGAGUAUUUUAGAAGGAAUUUCCGCAAAGUCUAUCAUAAACCUAAGUCGAAAUUACUCUCUUGCCCUAGCUCGCCCGGCUUCCUUCAAUUUCGCAGCACGCUGUAAAGGCUCCUUCCUCCGAGGUCUUCAGCUGGUAACCCCUCGCUGGCUGAGUCUGACCAUCAAAACUUGCCGCGCCGGCCCGACCCGACCCGGCCGGAGCUCAGGAGCCCGGGGAGGCGCCGACGGGGGUCGGUUUGGCCCGCGGGACCCCUCCCUCGGUCAGGACAAGGAGGCGGAGAGGAGGACAGCCAUCCCCAUUUCCUCCCCGCGAGGCCGCGGAAGGGCUGGGGCCGCUGCGAGCAGAGAGAGGGCGCGGGAUGAGGCGGGCCAAUCGCAGUCAACAGGUCCAGGCCUCGGUGGGGCAGCUGAGCCGGGAGGCCGGCGCCCCCUCCCCUCGGCUCCCCGUCCCUCCCCUCCCUCGCAGGCCCGGCGCGGUAGGGGAGGCCCGGCCCGGCCCUCCCCGCCCCGCCCCGCGCGGACUCGCUGCGGCCGACUCCGCCGGGGCAGUCGGGGUGGGGGUGGGGCGGGGGUUCCCCGCCGGAGAAUCCUCCCCCGGGGCUGGCGGCGGGGGCGGGGAGCGAGAGCCGGGAAUGGAGGAUUAGGAAGGACUCCAGCUCGGCACGAGCGCGGCCCGCGCGAGGGAUCCUGGGUAAAAAGUGGCCGCGCGGCACCGGGAGAGCGCGGAGAGGAGCCGGGGUCAGGGGUCACGGCCCUGGAGCCCCGCGUGCAGAGCCCCCCACGUGAACGCAGCGAGCAGAAGGAACCUUUUUGUUUUCGACCGCGCCAGCAUGCUCCUCUAUUGACCGAGCUGCUUUUCCUGGGCUGCUGGGGAGAGGAGCUCCAUUGCGGAGCUCUUAACCCCACCCCCACCUUCCACCGCCAACACACUUCCCAACUCAACCCUUCCUCUCAACUCUCAUCCCAGCCCCCCGUCCUGAGCUUGCAAUAACGCAGUAAAUUUGCUUUAACAACAAGUGGGGGUGGUUGAAUUUACUCCUCCCUCUCCUCUCUCCUCCCCCUCCUCUUGCUGCGGUUCUUGACACUACUACAAACCAGGACUAUAAACAUAAACAUGCGUCACUGUAACGGGGCAGGUUCCCAGUAGCUGCAGCAGUGAAAGACAGUGAUUGGCUCCAGUGCUCCUAGAAGGAUUUGGGCUGAAGCCAGGGGAACAGAACCAGAAGAGGAUUCCCUUUCCAGAGACCAUCAGGCUCCUCAUGUCUUGUCUCUCCUCUCUCCCCUCGUGGUGGCUCAGGAUUUCAGUAUGGCUGAGCAGCCCAUAGAGUCAGCUGACAUGGUCAACAAAUUUAUCAAAGAAACCCCCUGGCUUUUGAAGAAUAGUACUUUAUACAUCUGGAUCUGCACAUCAGGCAAAGCUCAGAAAUAUCCGUUUAUUCUUUUAAUCACGCGGGUGUGUCUAUUUUUGGAGGAACAAGGAAACACAUAAAUGCCUGGGUUGCAUUUAUGUUGUAGUUGCAAACACCGAACAGUUAAGAAGAUUUUGCCGAAUUUUGCAAAGCAGCCAAGGAGCCGCCUUGGGAUCGUGGUAAUGCGACUGGGAGGGCCCUUGCUCUCAUUUGGCAAUAUUUUGGAUAUCCUUGAAAACGACACCAAAAUUUGCCUUAAUUUGACUAAGAAGAGGUUAAACCACAUUGAUUUUCAUCCAAAGUGAUUUUGUUAAAGCAGAUGCUUGACUUUGAUGGAAAAACUGGGAGUUGUGGAAGAUCUACCUAAACUACCAACCAAAAGCAUCACAAACCACUGAAACAGUCUGCAUCGUACAUCAGCACUUUCUUUUCAUUGUUAUUACGUAAAACCUCUGGAAGCACCUUGGGCGUUUGACAGUUUCUUUUCUUUGCUGCAGAAGGAAGCAAUCUGCUCUCUGGAAUUCUGACCUGUGGUGAACAGGACCCUGGCAAAGGCUUUGCUGGGGACUCUUGGAGGAUCCCGCCUCCAAUCUAGUACGGUUAAUUGUGGAAAAGUGUACACAUUUCUGGCUUAUCUAUGCUUUGUUAUGGGUCUGACGUGAAACUACCUCCUCCCCACCCCACCCCCCAGCAGAGAACCGAAAUCCAGUUGAAUUGUUACAGUGUUUCGGAGCUGGAGCCUUGAACUGCUUCCUUGGUCAAAUAACUUUGUUUCUGGUUGUAAAAAGGCAUUUAAGGGAAAAAAAAAAAAAAAGGAAAA